ACCUAGCAAGUGUCCAGGUCCGGGCAGGCGCCCUCCGGGCUCAGCUGCGGUGACACUUGUCCUAGUAGUGCCUGCCUCUGUGGAGAGCUGUGUUGGAAUGGCUGGACAGUCAGCCACUUCUCAUGAGACCUGCAACUUUUUAAGAUGAAGGAACGUUUGGGAAAUUCUCUUGACAGUUAGUGUGUCCUUUACGUCGCAGGUUCCGAGGAUGUUUUGUCCUCAUUGGCUGGAAGACUUUUCCGUAGCAGUGCUGGUGCUCAAAUUAAGGAAAAGUUAUAUCCUUGCUCCUUGUGUCAGCAGCAUCUACUUGUGCAAGAGAUCAGUCAUGCAGCCACCACCCCAGGCAGUCCCAUCUGGUGUGGCUGGACCACCUCCGGCUGGGAAUCCUCAGAGCAUGUUCUGGGCUAGCAGCCCUUACAGAAGACGGACCAAUAAUAACGCACCAGUGGCUCCGAUAACUUGCCCCCUGCAGCCAGUAACGGAUCCGUUUGCUUUUAGUAGGCAGGCCCUCCAAAAUACACCGCCGGGCAGUUUAUCCAAAAGCAGCCCACCCAUCUUGCAAAACUCAGCAUCCCCAGGGUUUCCUCAGCGCCCUGGUUUGCCUGUGCCUCACACAGAUACCAGAGAUAGCUCCCAAGGACCCUGUGAGCCUCUGCCAAGACCUCUGUCACAGCCCAAAGCAGAUGCCAAUUCAUUUUCUGGUGCGUUGACACCUUCAGCGCCUGGGGCUGAGAUGAUUAGGAGUGCAGAGGUCCAUCCCGGCUCAGAGCCUGGAGUUCAGGCUCCACCAUAUCUGCCUCACUGCAUUCCAGGAGUGGGUCCUAACACGUCUCCAGGGACCCAUCUGCAUGGGAACAUGCCUGGGCCCGACCAACCCCUGAGUAGGCAAAACCCACAUGACGGUGUGGUAGCCCCAGCAGCGGCCCCCUUCUCCCCCCAGCCUCGUCAACAGUUGCCGGGUCAGUGGGGCCCAGCGCAGGGGAGCCCACAGCCCUCAGGUCAGCAUCACUCGCCCUGUCCAGAAGGACCUGUUCAGAGCGCAGUGCCCCACGCCACCAGCGUUCCCCAUCUCCCCCCUUCAUCCAGCCCACAUCAGGGUGUUGGCCAUGAGCAACAGAACCCACUGGUGUCUCUUUCAGCACCCUUGGCCAGUGACAGAAGAAGUGAGGUGGCCCAUCUACAAAGUGGAAGCUACUCAGCAAAUAACUUUGAUCCUGAAAAUACGUUCAGGCAAAACCCUAGAGUUGGGAAUACUUGGGCAAGCCAGGAGUUCAGGCAGAAUCCAGGAGUGCCUCAAGAGCACUGGCCAGCCCCAACUCUUGCGAACCCCCUCACUCAGGCAGAUCACCCAGAAAACCACGUGCACUAUCCACCAGGGACUGGGGCCAGCCUCUCCCUCCCAGAUACAGACUCGGGAGCUCUCUCAAUGUUUUUCCAAGGGGGAGAGACAGAAAAUGAGGAGAAUCUCUCGUCUGAAAAGGCAGGCUUUGCUGGUAAAUCAGACUUUGAUGGUUUCUCCUCUAGCCCUGGACUGGGCCAUCCACCCCCGCUUGCACACAUGGCAGUGGGUGGCAUCUCCCAGGCCUUUCUCAAAGGCUCCAACGUUGAGACCACACAGCAGGGUGGAGACACACACCUUUAUUUUUCUCAGUCUGCAGGCAUUCAACAUGAUCAGCAAACUACUAGAAACACAGCUAGUGACAUGUGGGGUGACACAGCGGCUGCUGGGACUCAGGGUGCCAGCAGUUCACAGUGUGAGAAUAUUGAGAACUUAGAAUUCGUUCAGAAUCAAGAAGUUCUGCCAAGCGAGUCCCUAAAUUUGGACCCUUUGUCUCCAAGUGAUCAAUUCAGAUACGGGGUCCUUCCUGGGCCAGCCGUCCCCAGGCACAAUGUUUCGGGCCACACCGGAGCCCCUGAAGCAGUGAUGUAUCCUGCGAGAUCUGAUAGCGUGUCAUCCAGCUACAGCAGCAAAAGCCACAAGAGUCUUUCAAGUUCAACCAGGCCCCAAGAACUAGUUGGCACAUUUAUUCAGCAAGAAGUUGGAAAACCUGAAGAUGAAGUUUCAGGUAGUUUUUUUAAGCAAAUUGAUUCUUCUCCCGUAGGAGGUGAAACAGAUGAGACCACUGCGAGCCAGAACUACCACAGCAGCGUGUCCCAGCCCUCAACUCCAAGCCCUCCAAAACCUACAGGAAUAUUUCAGACAAGUGCAAAUAGUUCUUUUGAACCAGUAAAAUCUCACUUAGUUGGGGUAAAACCAGUUGAGGCAGACCGCGCCAAUGUCGUGGGUGAAGUGAGGGGGACCCGGGCCCGCCAGAAGAAGCGCAGACCACCUGAUGCUUCCCCUGGCAACCUGGAGCAGCCGCCAGACAACAUGGAGACCUUCUUUGCACCCCAGGUCUGCCCUCUGCCUCUAAACACCACUGCAGAAGCUGGGCACGGGCUUCCGCACACCGGGGCACCGCCCUUGGAUACUGUGUAUCCGACACCGGAGAGGAAGCCCUCAGGCAGGGCUCAGGGGACUGUGAAGUGUGAGAGCCCAGCCACGACUCUGUGGGCACAAAAUGAGCUGCCGGAUUUUGGAGGCAAUGUCCUUCUAGCCCCAGCAGCUCCUGCACUUCAAGUACCAGCAAAACCUCAGCCGUCUGCAGUUGUUCAGCCUCCAGAAGAGGUGGUGUCUGGGCAGCAGGCACAGAAGCCAGGCUCUGCCACUCCCCUGCAGAACCGAGAUGAGAUUGGUGCUUCCGAAAACCUUGAGAACCCUCCCAACGUGGGAGAAGAGGAGGCCCUUCAGCCACAGGCAAGUUCUGGUCAUGCCAAUGCAAUACCCUCACCGCCCACCGAGUCUUUGCAACAUCUUCCAGUCUUGAUGGCCCAGCCUGAUCAGAGCUAUAAUCUGGCUCAGCCCAUUAAUUUCUCUGUGUCCUUAUCGAAUCCUACUGGGAAGAAUCAGUCCUGGAGAGAUGCUUUGGUGGGGGAUAAACCUCCAGUAGGCAGUCGGGUGCUCAGUGGUGAUUCUGGGGAAAACGUUCCUUUGUCUGGGAUCCCAACCAGCUCUGUCCUUAGCUUGUCUCUGCCUAGUAGUCUUGCCCAAAGUAAUUUUCCACAAGGUCCUGGUUCUUCUGAAAUGGUUUCUAAUCAGCCUGCCAAUUUGUUGGUUCAACCACCAUCCCAUCCACUUCCAAAGAACUUGGUUCCAGAAAGUCAAAAGAAUCACAGUGCAGAAAAUGUUCUUCCCGAGUUUGUUAAUAGCCCUGCUGGAAGCACGAGUGUGAUGUUAGUUCCACCUGCAAACAGUACUGUGGUGCCUAAUAGUAACAAGGCAAAUCACCCCAGUAAUCGGGAAGGAACUUACGGAGCCCUAGACUUUACAUUAAAUAGGACUUUGGAAAAUCCUGUAAGAAUGUAUAGCCCAUCCUGUUCUGAUGGCCUGGCCUCUCAGCAUACCCUUGCCAAUCAUCCCGGACAGUCUGGGCCUGGGCCACAUAACCCAGACCGUUUCUACCAACAGGUAAUGAAAGAUGCACGGGACCAGCCCGGCCUGGGAAGAGCCCUGCAGGAGCUAGUGCCUCCUCGGCAGCAGAAUUCUCCACCAGUGCCCAAAGCAACAUCUGCAGAACCUUCAAAUGCAGAAAGUCCGCCAGCACAAGGACAGCCUCAAAACUCAGCCCAGGCACCAGCAAGCCUGGCUGCAGCUGACACAGGUCAGCAGCUGCUGCCUCCGCUGCCUCAGCCCUCCAGCGUGUCAUUGGUGUCCACUGGCUCUAGCCAGGCAGCCACGCAGUCAGAGCAACAGUGGCCACAGCCAACACCUCCGCACUCCUUGGGCCCACCGCCUCAGGACUUGGCGUCCUACUACUACUACAGACCUCUGUACGAUGGCUACCAGUCUCAGUACCCCUCCCUGUACCCACCAGAUCCUGGGGCGGCCUCCCUUUAUUACCCGGACGUCUACAGCCUCUAUGAUCCUCGAUAUAGGCCCUACGACAGCGCGGCAUCUGCGUACGCUGAGAACUACCGCUACCCCGAGCCUGAGCGGCCCAGUUCCCGAGCAAGUCACUGCUCCGACCGGCCACCUCCCAGGCAGGGGUAUCCUGAAGGAUACUAUAAUUCCAAAAGUGGAUGGAGCAGUCAGAGUGAUUACUAUGCGAAUUAUUACUCCAGCCAGUAUGAUUAUGGAGAUCCAGGUCGCUGGGAUCGUUUCCACUACAGUGCUAGAUUCAAGGACCCCCGCGCCUGUGACCGGAGGUACUGGUGUGACGUGGAGUAUGACCCGUACAGGAAAGAACCCUAUGCCUACAGUGACAGGCCUGAGAAAUGUGAUGACCCCUGGCGGUAUGACCCUCGCUUCACCGGGAGUUUCGACGAUGACCCAGAGCCCCACAGAGACCCUUAUGGGGAGGAGGCAGACAGGCGCAGCGUCCACAGCGAGCACUCUGCACGGAGCCUGCGGAGCGCGCACAGCCUGCCCAGCCGCCGCAGCAGCCUCAGCUCCCACUCGCAGCAGAGUCAGAUUUACAGAAGUCACAAUGUAACAGCCAGUUCCUAUGAGGCCCCACUUCCUCCAGGCUCCUUUCGUGGCGAUUAUGCCUACGGCACCUAUGGCAGCAAUUUCCAUGGCGCCCAGGGCUUCCCAGAGUAUGGCUACCCCACAGACAGUGGCUGGUCCACGGUGGAGCAAGUUCCAUCAAGACCAACUUCUCCUGAAAAAUUUUCAGUGCCUCAUAUCUGUGCCAGGUUUGGUCCUGGUGGCCAGCUCAUCAAAGUGCUUCCAAACCUGCCUUCCGAAGGACAGCCCGCGCUGGUUGAGAUCCACAGCAUGGAGACCUUGCUGCAGCACACGUCUGAGCAGGAGGAGAUGCGGGCCUUCCCGGGGCCGCUCGGCAAAGGUGACACCCAUAAAGUGGACGUCAUUAACUUUGCACAGAACAAGGCUACAAAGUGUUUGCAGGACGAAAAUUUAAUUGACAGAGAGUCUGCAAGUCUUCUUUGGAAUUUCAUCGUUCUCUUGUGUAGACAGAAUGGGACCGUGGUGGGAACAGACAUCGCGGAGCUUUUGUUACGAGACCACAGAACAGUGUGGCUCCCUGGGAAGUCCCCCAACGAGGCAAACCUGAUCGACUUCACGAACGAGGCUGUGGAGCACGUGGAAGAGGAGGAACCUGGUGAGGCCCAGCUCUCGUUCCUCACGGACAGCCAGCCGGCCACGGCCAGCACGCUGGAGAAGGAGACCGAGAGGUUCAGAGAGCUGCUGCUUUAUGGCCGUAAGAAGGAUGCCUUAGAGUCCGCAAUGAAGAACGGCUUGUGGGGUCACGCUCUGCUGCUGGCAAGUAAGAUGGACAGCCGGACACACGCUCGCGUCAUGACCAGGUUUGCCAACAGUCUUCCCAUCAACGACCCUCUGCAGACUGUCUACCAGCUCAUGUCCGGCCGCAUGCCUGCCGCGUCCAUGUGUUGUGGAGACGAGAAGUGGGGAGAUUGGAGGCCACACCUCGCCAUGGUCUUGUCCAACUUGAACAACAACGUGGAUGUGGAGUCCAGGACGAUGGCCACGAUGGGCGACACUCUGGCUUCAAAAGGUCUCCUCGAAGCUGCACACUUCUGCUACCUUAUGGCCCAAGUUGGAUUUGGGGUUUAUACAAAGAAAUCUACAAAGCUUGUCUUAAUUGGAUCAAAUCACAGUUUGCCGUUUUUCAAGUUUGCAACCAAUGAAGCUAUUCAGAGGACAGAAGCCUACGAAUAUGCCCGGUCACUGGGGGCCCAGAGUGGUCCCCUACCUGACUUCCAGGUGUUUAAAUUCAUCUACUCUUGCCGCCUGGCUGAAAUGGGGCUUGCCACACAAGCCUUUCAUUACUGCGAAGUGAUUGCUAAAAGCAUCCUGACGCGGCCGCACGAGUAUUCCCCAGUGCUGAUCAGCCAGCUGAUUCAGGUAGCUUCCCAGUUACGACUCUUCGAUCCUCAGCUGAAAGAGAAGCCGGAAGAGGAAUCUUUUGUCGAGCCUGCUUGGUUGGUCCACCUGCAACAUGUGGAGAAGCAGAUCAAGGAGGGGAUUGUGGUGUGGAGUCAGGACGGAGCCUUCCCCCAGCAGUGUCCCAGCACACCCAGCUCUGAGGUGGGACAGCUGGAUGGUCCAGGACUCGCUCAGCAGGUGGAUCUGGAGACUGAUAACCUGCUGCUGGUGGUGCCUGCGCCCAGCACCGAUCACUUGAGCCAGGGUGUGCGGCUGUUGCCUUCAGUUCCACAGACGCUCUCCAGUGGCCAGCUAGCCAACCCUGCCAGGGUUCCGAUGUUCCCAGUGCUGCCGCCCCCAGGCCCCCUCCAGCCGGGUCCUGGCUGUGGACUGCCAGGGUCUGCACCUGGCCUCCCAGAGCCCUCCAGGCCUGAUCCUGCAGCUCUGUACCCAGGGCAUGGCCUGCCACCUGGCACACCAUCUCUCCAGGAAAAUAGACAACUCCAGGAAUCCAGGAGCACGGACCCAGGGACACUGCCACAGGAGGCGCCUGUUGGACACUCACUUCCGGAGCUAAGUGAAGAAGACUUUGGUGGAAAAUUUGCUAAUCUGGACCCCUCGAGAACGUCGCGGGACUCAGAGAGCCCUGCAGGAUGGGAUCGUGCUAACUUGGGCUCUGCUCAGCCUCCUCUGUCUCUGACAUCUGCUUCCGAGAUGAAGAGACCUGGGCAAGCCGUCAAGAAAGAGGUGAAAGAACCUAAGAAGACUGAAUCCUGGUUCUCCCGUUGGCUACCUGGGAAAAAAAGGACAGAAGCUUAUUUGCCAGAUGACAAGAACAAAUCAAUUGUUUGGGAUGAAAAGAAAAACCAGUGGGUGAAUUUAAAUGAACCGGAAGAAGAGAAGAAGGCCCCGCCCCCACCUCCGACUGCGUUUCCCAAGGCUGUGCAGGCCGUGCCCGCUGGCCCUGCGGGGGUGAAUGUGUUCUCCAGGAGAGCAGCUGGAACUAGAGCUCGCUACGUUGAUGUUCUGAAUCCGCGUGGGACCCAGAGGAGUGAGCCAGCUCUUCCUCCCGCGGACCUUUUUGCUCCACUGGCCCCGCUCCCUAUUCCUGCCAGCUUCGCACCAAACCCAGAUGCAGAAGAACCGCAACUUGCAGACGGGGCUGGCGGGGAAGGGCAAGCUCCAGCUGGGGGCCAGGCCGGUCCAGAGGUUUUAGGUUCUGCAGCACUGCACCCUGGCUCCGAACUCCCAGCCUCCCGACCUGACUGUCCCCAGGGAGGGGAGCUUUCGCGCUGUAGUUCAAUGAGUUCAUUAUCACGUGAAGUAAGCCAGCAUUUUAAUCAGGCUCCUGGCGACCUCCCCACCGCAGGGGGCACCGUGCCCUUCUACAACCCUGCUCAGCUGGCACAGGUCUCUACCACCUCUGGGAGCUCAAGGCCGGGGAGGAUUGGCCAGAGGAAAUACCCGGCAUUGAACUAGAGCCGUCCCUGUUUGGGGUUUGCAUUUGGAACCCUGAGAAGACUGUUCUCCACCAAGAACCCAACUGCCUACCUAUGGCCUCGCUCCUGUCCCCAGACGGGGCGGUCACUCAAAGCUGGCCACACUCUGCAGCUCCUGCCUCGCCCCGUCUUGAUGAAUUAUUUCAGAAAUUACCCCGCCGUUCCUUUCAGAUGCUGGAUGGAAAGAGUGAAUCUCUGACUCAGAAUCUUUCACCGAAAACAAUAUUACUUAAGUCAUUUCAGAUGAUUUAGGAUAUAAUAUUCUCAUUCAUUUAAGAAUAUUCCAUUCAGCGAAUCUAGAAUUCUUUGCUGCAGGAGAGCAAUGCGUCGGUAACCUGGGGCCUCUCUCAAAACUCAACUGUGAAUGGUUGCCCCGUUAAUCCUGGGGCUCCUUUAGGAUGUUGGGAGGAAAGAGCGAAUGUGUGACUCGAGAGGGAGACACAGCCACCUGCCCUGCAGCCAGGGGCUGCUCUGCCCUGACCGUUCCUGAGCCUGCGAGAACGACCGCAGGAAGCCGCGCUCACAGGCGGCCUCAGCAAAGCGUGGGGUUCGCUUGGCAACAGUUCACAGGUUUUGAGAGCGGCUCUGGCUACUGAAGUGAAUUUCUCUCCUGUAGCGACAGCCUCGUUUCACUUUCUGUGGCCUAAUUAGGACGGUGGGUGAUUUUGUGCACCUAGAAGACAGGCACUGCGCCUCCCCCACGAGGUGCGGCUCAGCGGUUAGGAAAGGGCCCCAGAGCGCUGCUCUCUGCCGCGCGGGUUCCGAGCGAUGGGCCACUGCCAGAACUGCGACUGUAAGAGACCUGAUUUCAUUGCGCACACAGUAGUCUGGUGAGUCUCCUGUCGAGGCCCUGAGGCCGCAAGCUGGAGAAGUGCUACGCCUUCUCAAGAAUGGUUUCCGUAGUUCCGUCUAGAUGGCCGGCUCUCUCUCACGUGGGCGUCAUCACUUGAGUAUUGGUGACAUCUUGAAGAAAGUGGCUUAUACAGUUUCCUGCCAGCAGCUCUGGAACCCGAGAGCCCUCCCGCUGCUCCUUGCUGACCCGGCCGUGAGGACCGGCCUGGGGAAGACCUCCGCUCGGCAGACCCAGAGCUUUAAGGCUUCAUCGACUGUUCUGAAAACUGUUCCUGUUCUUGUUAAGACUAAAGAGACUGAGAAAAAGAAAAGAUUUAAAUAUUUAUAAAAAUCAGUAGGUAAUAAUUUCUGUAGGCUCUGCUGGGAAGACAUAAGCAGUUAGGUAUUUUAAAUUUUAAAUUUAAGUGUAGAAAUUGUAGAAUGCGGAAUUAGCACGGGCCCGUCCCAGUUUUCUGUUUCACAUGAUCAUCUAGGAAAGACCCAGACUGUUUUCCAGGAUGUUCCACAGAUGUGUCUGACUGGAUGCAUUUGUCUCGUCACUCUGAGAAAGGCCUGUCCCUGAGGACAGGCAGCCCUGUGUCCCUCGGUGAGGUCCUGGGAUUCCGGGACCUCCUCCAGCCCGGCCCUGCCCGCUGUUCUCUGGUGGACUGCUCACCACUUUUGAUUCGAGAAGCUUCCUGCAGGUGGGAGCUGCUAUUUUUCCUAAAUGCAAAUUGUUACACUGCAAAUUGUUGAAUAAAAUAUUUUGCGCGCUCAA